GCUCCCGAAUUACGUGGUUUUAGUCAUGCCGUCUCAGUUCUUUCCCUUUAAUCCAAGACAAAUGGCGACGUGUGAUAAAGCGCGCGAUGAACAUUUCUAUUGUAGUAUUUGUUUGGAAAUAUAUGACACACCUAGAACGUUACCGUGUUUACAUUCAUUCUGUCAGGAAUGUUUAAAAGAAUAUAUCAUAAAGAUUAUAGAAAAACAGGAUUCACAAACAUUGUUAUGUCCUUUUUGUAGGGCGGACACGAAAACAGAUCACCUUAAGUUUAACAGGCUGGGCACAUCUCCCAAUCGGGCUAAAUUAGCUCAAUCGGGCUAUUAUAUCACUGGCAGCAAAAUUAUAACUAAAUUGAAUAGCGUACAUUCCCCAGCAGGUAGCUAUUCAUGUCUAACUGAAUGGCUGAAGAAUGUCUCCGACACGUCCCUCAGUUACUCCGAGUCCACUGACACGUUUACUUAUUUUGACAAUAACCAAGUUGUGGCCAGAAAUUGGCGGGUUAAUCAUAAUUAUAAAUCAAAGGCAAGUGUUGUUACCACGGUUGUUAAUAUUAUACCAGCAAAGAAAACAAAUCUUCAAAAACAACAAGAAAUUUCACCGUCAAAAUGGUAUUACAACUGUAAUAAUGUUGACACAUUUUCAAAAAUCAAAUCAAUGUUGCAUGACAAUGAAUCGGUCUUCCAAAAUGUAAGGAAUAAAUUUAUUGAAAAACGACUGGCCAAAGUUGUCAACGACAUGGGAGCACACAACACUAGUAUGACACGUGAUUACAUUGAUGAAAAAAUUGAAGCUGGAGUUAAUCCAGUCGUUGAACAGGAUAUGUUUCAUCAUUAUAAUUGGAUUCCAAGCAUGCACCAUAAAGAGUCCCCGAAAGUUGUUGUAGGAGAGCCUAUAAUGGUCAAUCCAUGCUCUUAUGCUUCUGUGACAAAAGUUCUACAGAAUCUGCAGAAAGUUCAGAGAAUGAAUACGAAUAAUCAUCAAUAUACACGUGUUCAUAUGUACUUACCGACAUCUCUAGUCUUCACUGCAUACGAACUCAAUAUGACCUCAAACCGAAAAACUCGUGCAAAAGUCAUGUGCCUGUUUAAAGAAGUUGACAAGUGGCUGGAGAAUUUUCCAAUAAACUCUUCAUUACAUGACAUUUUAAAAGAGAACACGUUGACCAUGUGUUCAAAAGGAAACGAGUGUGAAGCAUGUUUAAGGGAGGAUAUUGAAGUUGAAGCUAUUGUUUAUUGUUAUGAUUGUUCUGAAAAACUAUGUGAAGAUUGUAAAAGACAUCAUAAGAAGAAUAAGUUAUUAUCAAACCAUAAACUGGUUGACACAAGUGAUGACCUGGAGGGAAAGAAAGAUUUUACAGAUUUAGAGUACUUAGCAAACCUGUCCAAAUGUCCAAUGCAUGAUAGCAAAAGAGUGAAGUAUCUUUGUAAAGAUCAUGAUAAACUCUGCUGUAAUGAAUGUGCCAUUGUUACUCAUAGAGAAUGUGAAAAUAUGGUUCCACUAAGUGAUGAAAUACAAGCAAAAAAGAGCACAGAAUCUAGUAUUGAAAAGAGACUUGAUACAAUUGAUAAUUACGUUGUGAAGCUGAUAAUGCAUGAGACUUCAUAUUUAACGAAACUUGGUAGAAAAGAAGAUGAAACAAAAGACUGCUUAAAGGAUCUUAAGGCAAAGCUAGAUGCUGCCUACAACAAGCUUGAAACAAAAAUCAUGCAUGAAAUGUCUGAAAGGAAACGGGCAUUAUCGAAAGCUAGUUCCUUAUUGACAGAAUCAGCAGAAAAUCUGAGAGAUGCUAUUACACAGUGUGCAGAAAAAAUGGAAAAAGCAAGAACAUAUGGGACAGUGACACAUAUAUAUCUCAUGGAAAGAGACAUUGAUAAACAAGUUACAGAGUUUGAGAAAACAUUCACAACUCUUCGACAACAAUCAAGCAAGUCGUUGAUCACUCUGUCAGAAGCACAUCCACUUCAAGAUGUUAUAAGAAAUGUUGAAAAUCUUUACCAGAUCAAAGAAAUGAAAGAAAACCCAGUUUUGCCUACAAUUAUGAAAACUAAAGAUUUCAUGAAUAGGAAACUUACUUUAGAACAUGAGGUCAGAUUGAAUGAGAGUCCACCAAGGUAUUGCGUCUGGAUUGGAAAUUACAUUGUUGUAUCAUUUGAAGACGCUUGUAAAUUAGUUGCUUACAGAGCAGACGAUGGUUCACCUGUUACUUCGUAUCGAUGUUAUUCACCUACAUCAGUAACGGCAACCGAGAAUAAUGAGUUUGCUGUUGCCAUACCAUCAUCAAGGAAAAUAAAUAUAAUGAAGAUUCACCAGAAUCAACUGAUGUGUUUAAGAGAACUAAUUUAUGCAAGUCCUGACCUUAUUGCUUAUGAUAAAAAGAACAAACAUCUUUUGAUAUUGUCAAAGUCAAGAAUGUUGAUUCAAAAGAUGAGUCUUCAUGGGAAAGAACUUGGAGGUAAAGACAAUGGUUGCAUAGAUCUAAUAAAUAUUGACAGAAAGAUACUGCAUGGCACUUGCAACUUCUAUAUUGAUUCUCUGUAUGGAUUUAUUUUUGUUUCUUUACACCAUUGUCAGGAAUUAAUUUGCUUUGACACGUCUGGAAUAUAUAUAUUCCAUCAUACACUUGAAUAUCCGUGGUCGGUUAUUACAGACUCACAAGGAAAUGCAUAUGUCACAAGUUACAAGAAAAAUUGUAUUCAACUACUUCGUCCCAAUGGACUAGUAGUAAAAUCUAACCUAUUAGGAGAAUGUAAAGUGACAAAACUAUUGGCAAUUUCUCUCAACAAAGAUAUGAACAAAAUGGCUGUAACAUCAGAUGACAGUGGAGGAAAAUUGAGAUUAUUCAAAUUUGAAUAAAAUUAUUUUUACACUUGAAAACACCUUUAAAAUGGUUAUAUAUUGGACUUUAAAGUGUUGGUAUAAAACAUAGGACUGUACAGAUAUGUUUCAAGGUGUUUUAGGCAGAUUUUUUUACUUGAAAAGCCAUUAAUCAAAUGUAACAUACAUGUAUAUAUUUCACUUUAUUUGUCUUGAAUGACGAAUAAUGAGCUACAGUUGCAGAAUAACUUUGAUUUUAUAACAAGCAAUAGUUGCUUAAUCAACACAAUGUAUAAGACAUACAUAGGGCAUAACAAAUGGUUGUAAAUUUGUAGUAUAAUUUUCAGUUUAUGAGAAAUGUGAAAAUUGUGUAUUAUCUUUCACAGUUGUUCAUGUAUAAUAUUUUAUGAUUAUUUGUAAGAAAGAUCAGAAUUAUGUAAACUGUGUAAAGGCUAGUUUUGUUGAUGUUGUACGUAUGUGUUUGAUACAAGAAAAUGAUAAAACAUUGCUCAUUUGGCUGAAUAAGACGAUUGACACACCUGCUUUAAUUAUUUGACUAAGAACUUAUUCUAUUGUAUGUAUUGUAGGCUUAAUGAGGGUCCAUCUGCACUUUUAGGCACACCAAGUGUACGUACACUAAGGAGAAGCCUUAUGUUUUCUUAUAAACAUACUGGCAAUUCCAUACUUGUCUCUUCAAUUUCUGUCUCUGGGAAUCUGUUGUCAGUCAUAACAGACAGGGAUAUGUUUACAAGUUUUGCACAGCACGGUUGUUGUGCACAAAAGAAAAAAUAUACUAUCUGCCCAAUACAUAAAGUAUGACCAAGGUCUUAAGUGUUGCAUGCAACACAAUCAUCAUUCAUGCAUGACAUUUUGGACUGUAAAGAAGUUUGUUCAAUGGCAAUGUCUUUAAAGUCUGGAAUGAACAAAAUGGUUGUACAUAACAUUUAGCAAAACACCAGUGAUGAUGAUAAAAAUAUCAAGAUUAUAAGUAAAAUUAUUAAAAUAUUUUUCAAAUUGGCAAUGUCAAAAUUAUAUAUUAUGUCAGUAAUUUGAGUUUGUCUGGUGGAU